AUGACGCCUUCGUUGCUCCAGCCUCCUGGCAACCUGUCGCCAGCCGAGGCCCUUCAGCUAGCACAGCAAGCGCCCAAAAUCUUGCAGCAAACGCCCAAAACCGUAUCCGCCUCUCCGUUAAAAUCACUCUUUGCCAAGGCCGAAACGACGGACAUGUGGACUGUGUACGAGAACCUGAUGCUCUCCUGUCUUCGGACUGGCGAUGACGUGGCGGCGCAUGAGUGCCUAGAGAGGCUCCUGGUGCGGUUCGGUGACAAGGAUGAACGCGUCAUGGCCCUGAGAGGGCUGCUUAAAGAGGCAGAAGCAAAGAACGAUACGGAACUGGAAAAGAUCCUGGGGGAGUACGAGACGUUGCUGGAAGAGGACGGUGCCAACAUCCCGAUAUACAAACGAAAGAUUGCCCUACUACGCUCCAUGGGGAGGGAAGCAGAGGCCAUCACAGCACUGAACGCGUUCCUCGAUUUUAACCCGACCGACUCGGAAGCCUGGGCGGAACUGGCGGACAUGUACCGGUCUCAAGGGAUGUAUUCCCAGGCCAUCUAUGCGCUCGAGGAAGUCCUUGUGCUGAUACCGAAUGCUUGGAAUGUUCAUGCCCGAUUGGGCGAGGUGUUGCUGAUGGCGGCAAAAACGACGACGACGGAUGCCGCUCCUCAUAUGCACCUUGCUGAGGCGCUGAAGCGGUUCUGCCGAAGCAUCGAGCUUUGCGACGACUAUUUGCGGGGUUAUUACGGUCUGAAGCUAGUGACAGACAAACUCAUGAAUGGCGGUGCGAUAAAAUCCAAGAAAAUCCAGGAGACGGAGGGGUUUUCACUCCCCGACCAGGCGACGAUCGAGAAGUUGAGUCUUGUCGCGACGGACAAAUUGGCGGAAAUUGUCCGUCGUCACGGAGCUGGAGAGAAGAAUUGGCUAGGAUACGACGCUGAUGAGGUCGCUGCCGCUCGCGAGCUCCUGGCAAAAUCAUCGCCAAAGGUUGUCCGGUGA